AAUGACAUCUCAACAAAAAUAAGAAGCCUUUGUUCCUAUCUUUUUAUCUUUAGAAGAAUAUAAUGAAAUUAUAAAGUAGCCCCCUAAUAUGCAUUAAUAAUUGUUCCAAGAAAUCUAUUCAAAAUAAUAACAAUAAUAAUAAGCUUAGUUACAACUAUAGUAAUAGAUGCAUCCUUAUUUAUAAUUACAAUAAUAAAGUAUUAAUUAAUCCUAAAGCUACAAUCCUUAAAUUGCGAUUCCUAAAAUUCCAACUCAUCCUAAUCAAUACUCUUAAAUUAAUUCAUAAGGAUUACCCUAUUAAUAUACAUAACAAUAAUAAUAUAACUUGAAUCAAUAUUUAAUAUAAAACUUGAAUUAAGCACAAAAAGAGUAAAUAUAGCCUUUGAAACAUGAUGCUAUUUCAAAAGCUGGAAAAUUAGAACUUUAAUAUUUUUUUGAAUGGUCUACUUCUUUAUUUAUAAUUGAAAUUUGUAUUUCCCUCUUUAUAAAUACAAUAUCUGCUUUAUUUCGUUGGGAACUGAUUACUGGCUAUUAUUCAUGGAGUCCUUAAUUAUGGGUAAUAUUAAGUGUAUUCAUAAUUCUUAAUUUAUUCAUUUUAACAAAUCCAGCUUAUAUUACACAUGUAUAAAAAAUAUAAAUAUUUUAGAAUAAUAACUAAAAAGUCUUUUAUUGGAUACAUGCUAUUCUAUAUGUUCUACUUUUAUAAGGUCUGUAAAUAGCAGUUUCUGGAUCAAAUAGAAUUUUUGCAUGGGACACAAAUUAUUUCUACUAUUUUUACUUAAUAAUAUGUGUUGAAUUUAUUUCAAUAAGAUAUGCGAUAAAACGUCUAGGAUUAUAAAAGUCAAUAAAAAAAUAUACUCAUUUUAUAAUCUUUCCUCCUAUCAUUGCAUAUUUAUUGGAGUUUAUAAGUCAAUAUUAUCGCUUUUUCUAUUAUCCUUUAUUUUUAUGGGUUAUUAUAGUUAUGUUAAUUGGAAGUGGCUUCAUUUUACUAAUAAAUAAAAUUGUUGAAAAAGGAUAUGUAAUAUAUUUUAUAAUUUCUUAGAAUAAAUUUUAAACUGACCAUGUUUUUGCCAUGGCUAUAAGUUUUCCAAUUUUAAUGAUAAGUCCAUUCUAUGAUAAUGAUGAUGAAUGA